AUGAACCUUGUGACCCAACGGGAGGAUCUCCUUGGGCAGAACAACAAUACGUAUCGUGUAGAAGAGAAGGAGAGUUCUGCUUACUGGAACUGUGACUACCAGCAAGAAGCUCACAACAGAUACCUUCAUGUCUACAAGAUCACAUAGCAAGUGAACAAACUGGCACAGAUCAUCAAGGACAAACGUCAGGACCUGAUUUUGCCCAGCCAGCUGCUACGACGAGGAGGCCACAAAGAUGUGAGGCCGCCAUGA